UAUAACGACCAAGAGAAAUCUAACAAAUCAAGCGCCCCUUAGUACUCAACUGUAAGCCUGCAACUCUCUAAAACAACCUAAAUGAGCUCUUACUUUGUAAACUCGUUCUCGGGGCGCUACCCAAAUGGCCCCGACUAUCAACUGCUAAAUUAUGGAGCCAGCAGCGGCGCAAUGAACGGCGGGACGUACAGGGACUCUUCCUCCGCCACCAUGCACCAUGCGACGGGCUCUUACGGCUACAGCUACAAUGGCAUGGACCUGACCGUCACCAACCGAGGAGGGGGGAGCGGCGGCGGAGUCAACAACACCGGAGGACACUUCGGGGGAGGCUCGGUGGUCGGGGACUCCCGGGGUUUCGCUUCCCCGGCCCCGGAGAGGAGCCUCAGACAACCAUCCAGCUGCUCCCUCGCUUCCGCGGCGGAUUCCCUUCUGUCACCCGCGUGUGGAGAGAGUAAGCUGGGUGCUCAGAGCUCGUCUCCCCGCUCAGGGCAACCAGGAAACGGCAAUCUCAGCUCUCCAAAUCUGUCCUCUAACUCCUCCGGCGCCGGUGGUGGUGGCGGUGGUGGCGGCACGGCGCAGCGUUUCACGGAGUUAGACGACGCUUCGCCAGAGCCGGAUGAGUUGCAGCACAACCGGGAUACAGGCAACCCGCCGACCAGGACCGGGCACUCGCAGCCCGGGCAGAAACAGGAGGGCGGCCCGGCGGGAUCAGCCGCUGGCAGCACAGCGGGCAGCGACGGUGGGACACCACAGAUAUUCCCCUGGAUGAGAAAGCUGCACAUUAGCCAUGAUAUGACUGGCCCGGAUGGGAAACGGGCACGGACGGCGUACACCCGCUACCAGACGCUGGAGCUGGAGAAAGAGUUCCACUUCAACCGGUACCUCACACGGCGGCGAAGGAUCGAGAUCGCGCACACGCUCUGCCUCACGGAGAGGCAGAUCAAGAUAUGGUUCCAGAACCGCAGGAUGAAAUGGAAGAAGGACAACAAACUGAAAAGUAUGAGUCUCGGCACCGGCGGCAACGUUUUCCAACCGUAGAAGUCUAUCCAUUUAAAAAAUAAAAAAGAAGAAAAAUGAAAAAAAAAAAAAAUGAAAAGAAGAAGCAUCCG